AUGUCGUCUGGAAAGAGCAUCACGUUAGACGCUGUGGCUGCCACGGUCCGCCGCUGGCUGCUCAACCCCAAGAUCGCGGUUCCGCUGGCGCUCAGCCUGCAUUGGCGGCCCGUCUUUGCGCUGCUGCUCUCCCGCAUUGCGAAGCGGCAAGCGGCCAAGCUGCGGUCGCGGGUAAGGCUCAUCGCCACGGCGAGCGUCAUCGUUGUCGCCAACGAGUAUCUCACCAAGCAGUUCGCCAACAACUGGGUCAGAGACACGAGGUGGAACUGGGACGACGAGAUUGUGGUGGUGACGGGGGGCAGCAGCGGGCUCGGCGCGAGCAUCACGCAGCGGCUCAUUGCGCGGAAUUGCCGCACGCGCAUCGUCGUCAUCGACUUUCAGCCGCUCCAGUGGACGCUUCCCGCCGACGCCCGCGUCCACCUGUAUCAGUGCGACCUCAGCGACUCGUCGGCUCUCAGGGCAACAUGUCUGAGAGUUAGACAAGAAGUCGGGCACCCCAGUGUUUUGUUCAACAACGCCGGGCUAGCCCGGGGAUUCACGGUGCUGGAGGGCGAGCCUGCCGAUGUUGAGAUUACGAUGCGGACCAAUCUGAUUGCACCCUUUCUGCUGGCCAAGGAGUUUCUACCCGAGAUGGUGCGGCGCGACCACGGGCACAUUGUCAACAUUGGCUCGUUGAGCGCACUGGUGUCGGCGGCGAACCUCGUCGACUACUCAGCGACCAAAGCGGGUCUUGCGACUUUGCACGAGGGACUUCAGCUGGAGCUCAAGGCGUGCCAAAGGGCACCAAGAGUGCGUCUGACGCUGGGCGUCUUCGGCUUCAUCCAGACGCCCAUUUUCAGCGGCUCUUGCGACGGAUGGAAACGGGCGAUGCCGCUUCUCGACGCCGACGACGUGGGCGAGAGGCUGGUGGAGGCCGUGUACAGCGGAUACGGCAGCACGAUAUACCUGCCCCUGCUCGUGAAGUGGUUUGCGGUGCUGCGAGGCGGGCCGGAGUGGCUGUUCCGACUGGUGCGGGAGCGAUCGCUGGGGCUGAAUCUCGACUUCAAAGGACGGCAACAGCUCGACGACAAGACGGGGGGCAUUCGCGAGAUUGGAGUUGGGAAUCUGGACGCCGGUGCUCUGGGAGACAUUGUCGUGGUGGCGCCGAGCGUGGAAGCGUGA